UUAUGUUGGUAUUACUGUGGAAUGGGAAGUGGGAACAUCCAAAUCCGGCUUGACGAUAUACGGUAGUUUUGCUAAACGAAGGGCUCCUUCCAAGAAAGUAAUAUAUCUAUAUAAUAUGAAACGCAGAAAAUAUUUCCGUAUUUGAAUUUACAGUAUUUAUGUACAUACGGUUCAAUAACGACAAACGAUAAGGGAGAAUAAUCUUUGAUCUGUAGAUCAUUACUAAUGAGACGGAAUGUUUGUAAGAGAUUGGUCGAGCAUUCAAACGUGGAAUGAAUGAGGAAGAGUUAUUGACACGGUCAGCUGCAGAGCGUGAUAGAAUAUUCAGCUGCUAUGACCGUGGCAGAGAACAUGGAGCCCAAAUUGAUGCAUGGGAAGAUCCUGGUUAUGAAGUUUAUCAUACUACAGAUAGAUAUGGAUUUAUACACGAUAAGCGAUUACCACGAAGGUUAGGUGCAAAUGAAAUAAGACUUGAUCAAAUAGAAAUACAAAGAUUGAAAAAAUGGGAAAAAAUGACAAAACAAUGGGAGAGUUCAUCGACUAAGGAGAAAUUACGUCGUAGAAUAUAUAAAGGUAUUCCAAAUAGAUUUAGAGGUCAAGUAUGGACUUUAUUACUAGGAAUAAAAACUCUAAAGGAAGAACAAGCAGGCAAGUAUGAAGAAAUGCUUAAACUUGCACGUCAUUGGUCCACUGAAAUUCGGCAAAUUGAUGCUGAUGUUGCUAGACAAUAUAGGGAUCAUAUCAAUUAUAGGGAGAGAUAUAGCAUAAAACAACGGUCUAUGUUCUAUGUAUUAGCUGCUUAUAGUAUGUACAACAUGGAAGUAGGUUAUUGUCAAGGAAUGUCAGUUUUGGCUGGAUUACUUUUACUGUAUAUGGAUGAAGAAGAUGCAUUUUGGGGUUUGUCUGUAUUACUUGCCGAUAAAAAAUAUAGUAUGCACGGAUUUUAUGUUGAUGGUUUUCCUAAACUAAAUCGCUUCAUCGAACAUCAUGAUAAAAUAAUGAAUAAAUUUCUACCAAAACUAAAACGAAAACUUGAUAAGUGUGGUUGCGAUUCUAUAUUAUAUGCAUUGAAAUGGUUCUUUGUUGUUUUCCAAGAACGAACGCCUGUUAGCCUUGGUCUGCGUAUUUGGGAUAUAUUUUUACUGGAUGGAGACCGCAUUUUACCUGCAAUGGCAUAUACUAUUAUGAAAAUGCAUAAACGUAAUUUAAUGCCGAUGGAAAGUCUUGAUGAAUUUUGUAAUUAUUUGCAAAUUAAAUUGGAACAAGACUUUGGAUUUAAUGAUGAUACCGUAAUUAAUACCAUGGAACGUUGCAUGGAAGAACUAAAACGUGCCAAAUUAGAAUAUCCAGGUCCUCCCUUACCACAUGAAUUACCACAGUAUCCAGUUGGUACAUUUAAAGAACCCUCUUUCACUAGCAAGGUUGGACGACGUAGUGAAGAAUUCAGUGAAGCACAACAUAUGAUGCGCGAGUCGGUAGUACAACGAAGGGAUAUGGCUCUCGUCGAGGAAGGCAGAGAAAGUACAACGCCAGUUGAUCCAAGUAGUGGUGGCCUUGGUGGGAGCAAAUUCUCAUUUGAUCCAAGUCUUGACGAUGGUGCGUCUCCCAAUGGCUCACAUCGGUCUUUGGCUGACACAUCUGUUACCUCCACAGCUGAUCUUUCUGUAUUUAGUUCCGCGACACGGUCUCAAGCAUUAGACAAUAGUCUUGAUACUCAAAGCAAUCUUUCUAAUGGUAGUUCUGGUAGUGGUGGUUUGCUUACACCAAGGGCAACGCCCCAUCAUCCAAGUCCAGAUAUUGUACGAAUCUAUGUACCAUAUACUUCACCUUCCGCAACUUCGUACAAGGACGAUCUUCCUCGCACCCUUCCUCGGUCUUUAGAAACAAAUAGAAUCCGCAUACGUGUUGAUCCCGAUCAAACUCCUAUAGUAGAACACCUUAAGCCACUUUCUUUAGAUAGUCCAGAGUUUGAACUAGAUCUAAAAUAAAUAACGAAUAGAAAUUACGUAACAAGUACUAUAAAUAGUAUUACUACAAUCGAAAAUAAUGAAAUUAGAUGUAUGUUGUAUAUAUCUAAUAAAAAAGAUAUAUAUAUAUAUAUCUAUAUAUAUAUAAUAUGUAUAGAAGGAUGAUAAUCAGAAACAAAAAUAUCA